UGGCGCGCGGGAUGAUGAGGAGGUGCAGCGGCCAGUUUGACACUUUGAUAAUUUUUUCACGGUGUGUGCGCGAUUUGUGUAUGGAAGUGUGCUCUGGGUGAAAUAUAAAUGAACGCGUGAAAAAUGUGCGGAAAAUAAACAAAAGGACAGAUGCAGUGUGGAUCAUGGACAAUCUGUGCGGUGUCUGCUUCCAACAGUCCGAGCAAUUGUUCCAAGUUCCGGGCUAUCCCAUUCCGUCGUGUCUUAAGUGUUCCGAGCAGUUGGCCGUGAAGGGGCUCCCGAGUGCUACGACGCAGCCGAGAAGCGUUCCACCAGGAAUCUCACAUCUCACACCCGCCGCGGCGCCCACAGCGCCACAUCCGCCGCCAGACAUGAGCGCAGUGACUGAAAUGCAGCAGUCGCAGAUUCUCCACACGCCCAAAAAGCACGAAAAUCUUCCGUUCGAUUUGGAGCAGACAAUUCAGAAUAUCGACAAUGAACUGCUUUUCGGUGAAGAAGGCUCUUGUCCGCUGUGCAACAAGACGUUCGGGAGGAAAUCCUCACUUCUCAAUCACAUAAGGAAUCAUUCAGCCGAGAAGAAAUAUGUGUGUUCAUAUUGCCAGAAAGGAUUCACUCAAGCUGCUAAUUUGCGCAAUCACGAGAGAAUUCAUACAAAUGAGAGGCCAUACGUUUGCAUUGACUGUGGGAAAGCUUUCACUCAAGUGACAAAUCUGAACAACCACCGACGUCUUCACACUGGCGAGCGACCGUUUGUGUGCAUUGAGCCUGAUUGUGGGCGAUCCUUCGCCCAAGUGACGAAUCUCAACAAUCACAUGAAGACGCAUCACAAGAUUCAGCAAUAUGUGUGCAAUCAGUGUCCCAGGCGAUUCAUCCAGGUGAGCCAGUUGAAUCAGCAUCUGGCUCUGCACACCGGCAUACGUGGCUUCAUGUGUCCACAGUGUCCGGAGAAGACGUUCAAGCAGCAAUCCCACCUUCAGCAACACCUCCGGACGCACGGCAUGGAAUUUCCCUAUGCUUGUGCGCGAUGCGAGGAGAAAUUUGUGCAAUUUGUCCAUCUGGAGCAUCACAUGAAGAUGCACGAGGAGUUCCGAUACAAGUGCACAAUGUGCAGUUCGUCAUUCAACCAGGAGCCGCUGCUGAAGAAGCACAUUCAGCGUCACAUCGAUGGGCGAUAUUUGGCGUGUCCAGUUGACGGAUGCAGCGAAGGUUUCACGGUCAAACAUCACUUGACUCGACACAUGCAAGCCCAUCAUUCCAUGGCGCACCAACCGAAGCGAAUAUCUGUGAAGAGGCUGAAAAUGUCGUCCUAUUGUAGAUCGGCAGCAUCAGGGAAGCACAGUUGCUACUUUGAGAGCUGCGAUGAGUCAUUUGGCGACUCUGACACACUCAAUGAGCACCUGAGGAGUGUCCAUGGGCUGUCGAUCGUGAAGAAUGCGGUGAAGCGCAGCAAGAUGGACCUCAUGCUGCUGGAGCAGAUGAAGAGCAAGAGUGCCAUGAGCGAUGCUGGCCAGAACUUUGUGCAGCACUUCGCCGCCAUGGCGAGCGGAUCGGCGGGCGAUCAAGCUGGCAAUAAGCGUGUGCUGUCCGUGUCGGAGAUGCUAAGCAUGUCUGAGGAUGUGAGAAAACAGGUGGAGCGCAAGGCUCAAUUGGAACUCGAUAUGCAGAUUAAGUGCGAGACUCCUCAAAUAUCACCCACAAGAUCUCAGCCUGUGACAAGCUUCCAGCCUUUCCACGCCGCGGCUUUUCCGCUCAAUGGAGGAGCGACGAUGGCGGGUGUUGUUGAUAGUGUCAAUGCAAUGAUGAAACUCGUGUGCCAUUUCUGCUUCAAUAUCUUCAAGAGUCCACACUCACUCGCGAGGCACAUCCAGAAAUUUCACAAUUGAUCAAAAGAUUGGAAGGACAUUUAUUGGGAGGCAUUUCUAUCCUGGGCGGAGGCAAAGAAAAAAGGAUUUGUAUAUUUUGUUACAAAAAAAAAAGAAGGAAAUUCCUGUCUUGCUGUUUGCAUUAUAUCACAUGUGUGGAGGAAAGAGAGAGAGAGAGAGAGAAAGGGAAGAUCUUUCUCUCCGGAGACAUGAAACAUUACAAAGAUAUAAAAGAUUCUUUUGGAUCAAUAAAGAGAAUAUUCUC